CUUCCUCUCGUCUUCCUUCCCUUUCUGGUCAACUCUCAUAAACCCAUCUUCUCCUCCUUCCCUUAUUGACUUGUGCCAACUUCAGAAGAAGAGAAAGUUUCAGAUUUUGGAUCUUCUGGUUGAAGGUCUAGAAAAAGUCUGAGAAAUUCUUGACUUUGAUCUGGGUAUAAAGAGGGGAAAAAGUUUGGAACACUGGUCCUGUAGCUUUUAUUGGUGGAAUCCUUUUUUUUUUUUAAAAAAAAAAACAUUCAGGCAACGUUUUAGGCAUAUCUUUAUCCGUGGGGAAUGAUGAUGAUGUUUGAAGAGAUGGGGUUUUGUGGAGAUUUGGAUAUGUAUUCUGCUUCCCUUGGUCAAGGGGAUGUUGUCACCCGGCAGACUGAACCAGAGGUGGCUGUUGAAGAUGAUUACAGUGAUGAUGAAAUUGAUGAUAUGGAUGAGCUUCAGAGGAGGAUGUGGAGAGACAGGAUGCGUUAUAAACGGUUAAAAGAACAAAGCAUGUCCAAGGAAGGAACAGAUACAGCAAAGCAAAGGCAGUCCCAAGAACAGGCAAGGAGGAAGAAGAUGUCAAGGGCCCAAGAUGGAAUCUUAAAGUACAUGCUAAAGAUGAUGGAGGUUUGCAAAGCUCAAGGAUUUGUUUAUGGGAUAAUUCCAGAGAAAGGAAAACCUGUGACUGGGGCAUCUGACAAUCUCCGUGAAUGGUGGAAGGAUAAAGUCAGAUUUGAUCGGAAUGGUCCAGCUGCCAUAGCAAAAUAUCAGGCAGAUAAUGCGAUUCCAGGAAAGAAUGACGGAUGCAGUUCUCUUGGUCCCACUCCACACACCCUGCAAGAGCUUCAGGACACAACCUUGGGUUCUCUCUUGUCAGCACUGAUGCAGCACUGCGAUCCGCCUCAGAGACGAUUUCCAUUAGAGAAGGGAGUUGCUCCACCAUGGUGGCCCACUGGGAAUGAAGAUUGGUGGCCACAAAUCGGUUUACCUAAAGAUCAAGGCCCUCCGCCAUAUAAGAAACCACAUGACCUGAAGAAGGCAUGGAAGGUGGGGGUGUUGACUGCUGUUAUAAAGCACAUGUCUCCUGAUAUUGCCAAGAUUCGCAAGCUAGUGAGGCAGUCAAAAUGCCUUCAAGAUAAAAUGACAGCCAAGGAAAGUGCAACCUGGCUUGCGAUCAUUAACCAAGAGGAGGCUUUGGCACGAGAGCUGUACCCUGACUAUUGCCCUCCAUUGUCUUCAACGGGGGGGAGUGGAUCCUUGGUCAUCAAUGACUGCAGUGAGUAUGAUGUUGAAGGGGCUGAGGAUGAACCAAACUUUGAUGUGGAGGAGCAGAAACCUGAGAAUCUUAAUCCAUCCAAUCUUGGGAUGGAUGGCAUGAGGGGAAGGUUGCCAAUCCAGCAACCUUCUUUUCCAAUCAAGGGAGAGAUUAUCACAAACCUGGAUUUCAUUCGGAAGAGGAAGGCUCCUGGUGACUUUAACAUGAUGAAUCAGAAAAUCUACACUUGUGAGCACCCUCAGUGCCCUUACAGCGAAGUUCGUCUUGCUUUUGCUGACAGGACUUCUAGGGAUAACCAUCAAUUGAAUUGCCCAUACAGAGGCAGUUCUGCAGAUUUUGGUGGGCCAAAUUUCCACGUUAAUGAGGUCAAGCCUGUUGUCUUCCCUCAAUCUUUCACGCAGCCCAAACCAAGUGCCCAGUCUGUUAAUUUAGUUCCACCUUCAUUGAAUCUAUCGGGCCUUGGAGUUCCUGAAGAUGGCCAGAAAUUGAUAAGCGACCUUAUGUCAGUCUAUGAUGCGAAUGCUCAAGGAAAUAAGAACGUAAGUUCCAGUAACCGUGUCGCUGUAGAAAAUCAAAACCUUUCCCAGCCCAACAUUCAGCAGCAGCAGAACAAUUUCUUCCCUAAUCAAGGAGUUGUAAUGGAUGGAAACUUCUUUGAAGACUCCAACAUGUCCAAUAACCAGCCGAUGUUUGCCCGAGAGGAAGGUCAUUUUGACCCGUUCAAGGCUUUUAACUCUCCUUUUGAAACCAACCAUCAGCACCACAACAACAGCAGCAGCAGCAGCAACAAUAACAACGGCAGCAAUUUCCAUUUAAUGUUUGGGUCCCCUUGUGAUCUGGCAUCUUUUGAUUUUAAGGAUGACAUACAAGCAGGAGUAGGAGGAAUGGAAUCUCUUCACAAACAGUCAGAAAUGUCAUCAAUAUGGUAUCACCAUUGAAAUUGACUUGGGGAAAUCACAUGUAUCACGGGACUCUUAUUUUUUUCCUUGAAAUCAUGGGAAGAUCCCGUGGCUAAGAAAAAAGGUAGUUAUUGCAUUUUUCUUCACUUGUAAUUGUAGGUUAUGGCCAAAACAAGUCCUUGUAGGUCUAGAUAAUAUUAUUAUUCUGUGCUUGGCAGGUCUGGUAUAUGGGGUUAAUAAACAAUGGAUGCUCCCAUUAUGUAACCCUGUAUUAUGUGUCUUUAAACUUUUAUGUAAGAAUGUGAUAUAAAUAAGAUUUUUAUAUAAUUCUCUCUUUUA